CUCUCUCGCUCUCUCUCUCCCCGGUGUUUUAUUUCCGCGCUUCCAGAAGAAAACACCGGUCUCGUUUGGGCUUAGUUACAACAUUUGUUUUUUUUUUUUAUCAAAGUAAUUAAACAAAACCAAAAAAAAAAAAAAAAUCUUCUCUUUGUCCCCCCCUCCACUCCCGCCUCCUCUCAUGCCGCGGCUCCGGCUCCGGAGAAGGGGCGACCUGUGACGGACCGAGCGGGCUUCUCCGUGAACAUGGCGUGCAUCGGGGACGCGGACCCCUUCACCGCCGCGAUACCUGCCACCAAAGUUGAGCUGACUGUGUCCUGCAGGAACCUGCUGGAUAGAGACACGUUCUCCAAGUCUGAUCCAAUUUGUGUUCUGUACACUCAAGGGAUCGCCAACAGAGAAUGGAGAGAGUUUGGCAGGACAGAAGUCAUAGACAACACCCUCAAUCCCGACUUUGUCCGCAAAUUCAUCAUGGACUACUUCUUCGAGGAGAGGCAGAAUCUUCGUUUUGACCUGUACGACUUGGACUGCAAGAGCGACAACCUCUCUAAACACGAUUUCUUGGGCCAGGCUUUCUGUACGUUGGGUGAAAUAGUCGGCUCCCUGGGAAGUCGCCUGGAAAAACCACUUAUUGGAAUUCCAGGAAAGAAAUGUGGCACCGUCAUCAUUAGAGCAGAGGAGCUGAGCAACUGCAGGGAGUCGGUGAUGCUUCAGUUUUGUGGCAACAAGUUGGAUAAGAAGGACUUCUUUGGCAAAUCGGAUCCUUUCCUUGUGUUUUACCGCAGCAACGAAGACGGGUCCUACACCAUCUGCCACAAAACAGAAGUGGUGAAGAAUACCCUGGACCCGGUGUGGCAGGCUUUUAAAAUUCCCGUCAGGGCGCUGUGCAACGGAGACUAUGACAGGAGCAUUAAGGUGGAAGUUUAUGACUGGGACAGAGACGGAGGACAUGACUUCAUCGGCGAAUUCAGCACCAGCUACAGAGAAAUGUGCAGAAGCCAGUCACAGUUCCAUGUCUAUGAGGUACUAAAUCCGAAAAAGAAAGGGAAGAAGAAGAAGAAGUACCAAAACUCAGGAACGGUGACCCUCCUGUCCUGCCUGGUGGACACUGAACUGUCCUUCCUGGACUACAUCAGAGGCGGGACACAGAUUAAUUUCACGGUGGCAAUUGAUUUCACGGCAUCAAACGGCAACCCAUCCCAGCCCACCUCGCUCCAUUACAUGAGCCCGUACCAGCUGAACGACUACGCUGUGGCCCUGCGCGCCAUCGGGGAGAUCAUCCAGGACUACGACAGCGACAAGUUGUUUCCUGCGCUGGGAUUCGGUGCCAAGCUCCCACCAGACGGGCGUGUCUCCCACGAGUUUCCCCUGAACGGUAACCCUCAGAACCCGUACUGCAGCGGUAUUGACGGCGUGAUGGAGGCCUACUACCAGAGCCUGAAGAGUGUGCGCCUGUACGGACCCACCCAUUUCUCCCCUGUUAUCAACCAUGUGGCCAGGUAUGCAUCGGCGGUGACGGACGGAUCGCAGUACUUCAUCCUUCUCAUCAUUUCGGAUGGCGUGAUCACUGACAUGGCGCAGACCAAGGAGUCCAUUGUAAAUGCCGCUUCUCUGCCAAUGUCGAUUAUAAUAGUUGGAGUUGGACCGGCAGAAUUUGAUGAAAUGAUUGAACUGGACGGGGACGAAGAGAGGAUCUCAUCCCAGGGACGAUAUGCAGAAAGGGACAUCGUUCAGUUUGUUCCUUUCAGAGACUACAUCGACCGGCGAGGAAACCACAUUCUGAGCAUGGCUCGUCUGGCUAAAGAAGUGCUCGCCGAAAUCCCCGACCAGUUUCUCUCCUACAUGAGGACCCGAGGGAUCAAACCAGGCCCCCAGCCGCCACCUUAUACCCCGUGUCCGCCCCCGGCCAUCCACCCGCUCCACACCAGACGGGUAAGCCGGAUCUGAAGGACCGAGGCCCCCAACCCUCUGCAUUGGCUUAGCCAACUUUUACUGGCUUCCGAUCUUCUCUUUGAGCUUCCUUUUCUCGCUAUAGUCUUCACUGGAAGCCUGUGAGCACAUGGUGAACUUCACCCGCUGUCUCGCGUUGCACUUUCAGGAACGUUUGGCUGCAGCGCGUAGCCCUGACUUGGGGAUGCUGCCAUUAUUUCAGCGACAGGACUUUGCACUCGGGAAAUUUUGACGGUCGCGGCUGUUGGAAAUUGCUGGAUUUCCAACCGGAGGAAAUCCAACGAAGAGGAGAAGGAACAGGACGUCCGGAAAAGGUCCGGACUAGUGAGACUCUUUGGUCACGAACACUGUCCGCUCCUCUUUGUUCUUCUGCAUUCACUUCCUGAACCUUUCACAAAAUCUCUUGAUACUUCAAUGUUUACAUGGGGAAAGCAGAGAGGGGAUUUUUUUCAGGUGAUAAACGAUUUAUACCGAUCAAUGUGAAAACCUUUCAGAGUCAUAUUUUUCACCUGUAGAACCAGGAGGUUGUGAAUUUAAAAACAUUUAGGCCCUGAUGCCAUUUUCUUUUCCCACUACAUGUACAGCAAUUAUACUCUGUUUCUUUUUAAAUAAAUAGAGCAUGUUUUAGUGUAGAAGAAGCAUGCAAUGUCGUCCCACACUCAGGGCUUGUCCCCUCCACACCGCCGCUAACGCUGCUACGUACCGCCACAGACGAACCCGUCACCACCUGAGAUCUUCCCUCCUUCCACUCCGCCCACCUCGGCUCCAGCAGGACACGGCGCUCCCUGGGGAUUGGGUCAAAUCAAAUGCAGCAGGGACUCCAACCAGCCUUACUGUUAACGUCAGAAAACAUUCACAGGCAUCGUCCCCUCUACACCAUGGCUUCUGGAAAUGAGGAUCUCCAAGCCCAGCAGUCAAAAACACACACCUCUCUUUACAGAGUCUCUGACUGUGAGCUGCGAUCUACAGCGGCGUUAUUUUUGUGAAAAUACACCUGCACUUCAGAGGCAUCGCUGUGUUUUGGUUACGUCUCUCUACCUCUUACUUUACUCUGUACACAAUAUAAAUGUCACUUCUUUUCUUGUGAAUAACAAGUAUUGUGAGUUAUGUUGGCUAAAGCUGCAGUAUGUAAGUUUUAUUUUUUAAAAAUUGUUUCUUUUUUUUUACAUAUUUCUUAAAACUGUCACUAUGUUGUGACAAUUUAAUACGAGAAAGAUAAUCUGAAAAGAUUGAUCUCCUCCACCUCCUCCCUGAGCUACUGUUGCUGUCUGAAGAAAGGCACCGCGCCCCACCAAAAACAACCAAUCAGAGCCAGGAGGAGGGUCUUAGUGUUGUCACUCAACCUCAUGUACUCGCUGCUAAAUGGGUUAGUCACAAAAUGGCAGAGAAACAACUUACCGUUACAAGAACACAGUUUAUCCACCGUCACUGGUGGCCAUGCUAACUAGCAUUAGCUUUCACUACAGGAUUGUAGAAUAGAGAAAAGUGAGAAGAGAGAAGAGUAUGAUCAUUAGGAUGAUUGACAGCACUAAGACCCACAUCCUGGCUCUGAUUGGUUGUUUCUAGUUAGCAGUGAGGAGGCGGAUGAGCUUAAUUUUUUUAUUUCAUAAUCUGUCACGAAAUGGUGACAGUUUCAAUAAAUAUGUAAAAAACUAUUUUCGUAAAAGUUACAUACUGCAUCUUUAACCAGGAACACGGUCAUUCUGUUAUACAAGAUCAUUGUCAAAUCCUCUAAAACUUCUCAUGCCAAUUUGUAAUCAGAGCAGGUAUCAACACACUGAAUAAGUGCGCAAAGAACUGAUAACCAGCCGAUGAAACUCAAACUCCUUAUCCAGUGAGAACUCAUGCUGCGCUCUGAAAAGGUUUUUGCUUUUAUUUCAAAUUUAAACGUUUAAAUGAUCAAAUUGAUUUUAAUAUCAGGCAAAAAUAACCCGAGUAAUUAGAAAAUUAUGUUACUUUCAAAUGAUGCAGUCCUUCAUUAAGGGAAAAAAUAUUAUCCUUAUUAUUAGAGCCCAAUGUGAAAAAAUAAUUGCGCCCUAAAACUAAUAAUUGGUUGCUGCAACACCUGCCGUCAAGCGUCUGUGGUAACUGGCUCUAUGUCUGCCUCAUUGCUGUGAAGGAAAUUUACACAUAAAACUGUCCUCUUAAAGUAACAAACGGUUGGCCAGACAACCUCCUUUAGGAUUUCCUGCUAAAGAACAGAGUUCAUGGUUCCAUCAUCAAAGGCUCAGAAGCAGCAAAGUAGGACGAAAUCAUCACACUACCAUCAUGAGCGUCUGUUUGUUGUUCUGUUUCUGAAAUGCUGUCAGUUUUAAGCUGGUCUCCUUUGUGAGAGUAGGUUUGGAUAUGUUGUUUUUAAAGUGUGUUUACUCAGGUUAUUUUUGCCUAACAUUAAAAUUUGUCUGACAAGCUGUAACGUUUCGCCCUCACAGGAGUGGUCUACCUAAAACCAAUGUGCCAGUGUCAAACUUUCAAAAGGAGCAAAACAAGCUAAAGUGACUCGAUUCAGGUUGUUUAAAAAAAAAUAAAAAAAAUUGGAGAAAAUCUGUCAGUGGGUUUUUAUAAACCAGCGUUUACACUUUUUUGGCUUCCAUGUCAGCAAUUAUAACUAUUUGGAGCCAGAAAUGUGAGGGGCGAAAACAGCACUUAACACCCAGAGAAGGAGGUGUCACCAUGUUCUUUGAUUUUUAUUUUAUUUCCUACUGCUAAAUAUAAAAUAAAUGAAGGAUUGCGAGGUCAACUGAAGUACGGCAGCGUGGGAAACACAGAGUGCGUCACAUUUGUCCUAAACGGACCCUUGCCUUACGUAACAGCAGGAGCUUUCCACGGCGUGGAAACACACCUCCUGUUGCUCUUUCAUGUUGUAAGUGUUCAUCUCAAUGGACUGUUUUCUUCAAGGCCAUUCUGUGUUUCAUGUGGUCAGGCAGGAACAAUCUGUGAAUUAAUGCUAGAACAUCACAGUCUAAGGUUAGUGCUCUGAUGUUCGGUCCUGUUCGCCACCUCUGUUUUUCGUUCCCUCUCUUCCUGAACACCAACAUGGUGGGGAGAAAAAGAGCAAUAGUCUUUCGUUUGGUUUCAAUUUACUGGCAGAUUUUCCCAACGAUUACCAAAAAAAUUAUUAUAAAUUUUAAGUGUACAUUUUUUAAACCCCCUGUAAGCUUUGGGACAGCAGCAGCGCUCCACUCAGAUUCAGACACUUACAGCGGACUCGGUUGGCGGCCUCCUUGUUUACCUUGUCCAACAUGAGAUUACAACUGACAGCUCAAUAUAGUUCAGUGAAAAUUUCUUAUCUGUUGCACUGCCGGCAUAAAUUUAUGGGUAAAACAUAUCACACUGGUAGCUUUAAUGUCUCUGUGUAUAAGAACCACUUCUUUAUUUAGGCUCUGGGUCAAUUAAUCCUUUUGCUAAUAUGUACCUUCAUCCUGCACGCAUACACAAGCCUGUCACAAUUACAAAUUUUGCUGGAUGAUAAAUUGUUCCAGAAGUUACUUAGCACUGCGAUAGAUAGGUUUGCUAAUAACUAUGUAAGUGUCAAAGUUACGUUAAAAAUCAAACGUUUUUACAAUCAGAUGUUAGCAACAAGCUUUAUGGUUAGCAUGUCUGUUGAUCCAAUAAACAGAUAAAAGUCAGCUAGCUACUGCAAUAAAUAAGUUUGCUAAUAACUAGUAAGCCUCAAAGUUACCACAGAAUUCAGCCGAUAAUUAGUCUAUAUUUUUGGCUAGCUGCUACACUGCUGUGUAGAUUUAACUGCAAAGCCAUAUUUUAAAAAGAUUGCAAAGAGGUUCACCACUUCUGUGUUGUGAGAACAUCACACUACUGUAUUAUUAUACCUAAAAUAAACCAAAUUAAAUUGGAUAUUAUUAGACUAGCAGUUUUAGUAAGAGUUGCAACAGACCAUUUAAUCAGUUGGCUUCAAAAUGUGUUUUACUACCAUAAAAGUGAUAUUUUUACUCAAAUGUUUAAUAUUGUCAGAAUUCUUUACUGGCCCAUGUGGAUCUUGAGAACUUUAAAUAAUUUUUCUUUUUUUUUUUCUGGCUAACCCACUGAAAUCCGCUGUUGCUGUUUGAUUCCCAGCGAGCCACAAGAAGUCAGCCGCAACAUUUUCCACAAGAGAUCAGACUUCAUAAUCAAAGCCAAGUGGUUCAGGUAACUGCACUGUCACUUUUAGACAAGUGUGGCCGUGUCGCUGCGCCCCGUCACAGGUCCGCCACGAUUUUAGGUCUUCGCACAAACAAUUUAAUCCCAAUCCGUCAUCAAACUCUGCACACAGAGGGCCGUCUUUCUGUAUGUAAAUGUGUGAACUAAAGUUUUCCUGUAUAUUUGUGUACCGCAUACUGUACAGUAGAUUUUAACCUGUGUCUUUAGGGCCCUAUUCAGUCAAGGAAUCUAUAUAACGAAUGUUUACAACAACUUUUUAAACUCACGCCUCAAAAUCACAGUAUACUUCUUGGCUGAUGAUGUUUUCAUUAGAACAUCUGGUUAUUAACUGCUUCUAAAACAUUUUCUGAGAUGUUUAUACACUUGUACAGAGUUCUGCCUUUUUUUUGUGCGUGUCGGUCAAAACUGCUGUUUGUGAGAUGCUGCUUCUUUACUGCUCAUAUAACGGAAUUCCAUUUUGUACGGAGGCCUGUAAUCAUAUUUAAAUCAUGACUAACAGGCCUUAUCAAUGUUUCUGCAGACGUUAUUCAUAUUUAAAUCAUGAACGACAGGCCUGUAUUUUUAUAAACAAACGGUUAGAGAGCGAUGUAUGUUUUAUGUGUUAGAAAAUCAACUUUAUGAUAAACACUCUGUAGCAAUGUUAUUUCUGCCAAAUUUAACAUGCUGUUAAGUGUAGCGUCUCAAUCCCUGAACAAAAAAAAACCAACAGCUUGUUCAGUUUUGACUGAAUAGGAUUCCUCCCUGUGUGGUCAUGGGGGUUGAGCGUCGUGGUGUUUUUGUCCUGACCGGGACCUAUUGUACAAAAGCGUGAAUGUGGAAUUGCACAAUGUAGCACUGUAGUCUCAGUCCGUGACUGGAGGAACAGCAGACGAAGCCGGAACAGGCAGGAAGUCUUUUACAUGUAAAUAUUGUGGAAGCUGGACUCGCAUCAGACUGCCGCUACUCUGUGACCCCCCGCUCCGGUCCAAAACAAAAGGGAAUGCCUUUCAUUUAUUUAUCUUGGCAACAUGCCGUCUUCAUCUCACACCCACUUGAAACAUCCAGGAUGUGUAUUUAUAUAUGAAACAUGCAUGACACUUACAUAACAUCACGUCUGAGUGAUGACGGAGAGUUUUGUGAGGGGAAAACAGUUUUUUGUUUUCUUUUGGGGGGUUUUAUUUCAAAUGCUUCAAGCUUUUACAAUAAUCUGGUCUUUGUUCUGUUACCACAAUCUUAAGGACAGCUUGUAACAGGUGAAGGUUGAUGGUUUUAAUGCGCGUCAAACAAUCCUGACAUGGACAACGUUGUUUUCUUACUGGUUUGAUUUUAAAUAAAAUGUCCAAAGGACAUCUUUAAAGGAACCUUUAACAAUACGACCUGCAUUGCCUAACUUAGAAAUUCCGCCUGAUUCUCAUUUCCCUUAAGUGGAAACCGCCUGGGAUUUCUCCCAUUGAGUUUGAUUUGGGGGGGAGGAAUCCUCCAAAGGUGAGGACAAAUUUUUUAAAAUUAUACCUUAAUACAUUUUUUUCAUCAGUAAUUUUUAUUUGUAUUUCUUUUUUUCAUUCAUUAUAAAACAUAGUUUAAAAUGAUUUAUUGAAACGUUACUUGCCAUUUUCUUCUUUCCGAUUGGGAUGAUUCUCCAAUUUAUUCAAGCUGCUUUGCUCCUCUGGCUAACGUAACUAGAACAAAAUGGACAAGAACUCAGAAUUGCCGACUAAAAUUGCAAGAUGUGAGGCUACAUUUCUGCUGAACAUAUGCAACCAUUAUUUAAUAGUGAAUAGAAGUGAGAGAAGAACAUUCUGAAAGUUGACUUUCUUCACAUAUUUUGUAGCAUUGGGCUAAAGCUGAUGCUGUUUACGCUUUGGUUGUUCACAUAUCAUGUCCAGAGUUGCUGCUAUUUUAAGAAAUGUGUCAUAUUGUUUAAGGUUCCUUUUAAGGACAUUUUCUGCUUAUAUAAUGAUAAAAAAUAAAAAAAAUAAAAAUCCUACAAUAUAUUAAAACAUUUAUGCACAUCAGGUUGUUCUCCUGUGCAGCACAAAUAAAACAGAGUUAGGACAAAAUGGGAAGGAACCCCAACAUAAAGUGUCUUAUUGGGAAACUCUCUCGCCCCUCUGUGCCUACAUAGCAGCCUCCCUGGGCCUUUGGCAGCGUCUCCACUACAAGCUCUGCUGGAGGGAACACAGAUCUUCCUAAAGACGUUCCCCUUGUGACUGAGAGCGCUGGAAACAGGAGCUCAGCCGGGCCGACGUGGCGGCACCGGCUGCUUGGAGCAGAGCUCCGGGAAACGCUUCUGCCGUUUUUAAUACGGCGAAAAUCUGCAACGUUAUUACGGAGGUCAUUGAUAAAGCCAUUUAGAAAUCAAAAUACUGAUUUACUACAAAAUAGAACGACAUUCCAGCUGUGUUAUUAGAGAUGCUCCUUGUUUAUAUAAAAUAUCUUUUGUUUUGGUUUUUUUUUGGGGGGGUUCCACCUUCAGGAUGAGGAGGUCCAGUUAUUUAAAUGGCGCUUUCACCUGAGAGUACAUCCACGUGGGAACUGGAGGCAACGUUGGGGACAGUUAAAGUAUUUACAGUGCAGGAGAAGGUUGAAAUCACAAGCCGUCAGACCAGCAUGGAAUAAAAAACGCCACGAAAUAGCGAAACCAGAUACUUACAUACUGAAUAAAAACACACAAACACUUUUUUUUUCUUUAUUUCUGUAGUUAAAUCAGACCAAACUUUUCUUGUUUUACCUUAGUUAGAAUUACCAAAAUUAUUUCCAUUUGCUAGAUGCCAGAAAACUUAAGAACUUUUGUUUUUUUAGAAAUGUAUUUGUUGUAACUCUCCUCGAAUUCAAAAAGAAGUUCAUUCGGUCGGUAUCAGAGAUAACAGACAAACUGUACAACUUGGGCCAAACCUUUUGGGCUUCCUUCUACAAACCUCUGAUAGGUUAACCUAAUUGGCGUCGCACUAAACUAAGUCACGCUAAACUUUUGAAUUCAAGGAUGCAACAUUACAAAUGGAAUCUCUUAAAAACUAUUCUUGCAAACUUUUCCGGCAUUUAGCAAAUGGAAAUAAUGUUGGCAAUUCUAACUAACCUAAAACCAGAAAAGUUUAGUCUGAUUUAACUGAAGAGACUGAAGGGAAAAAAAGUGACUGUACUUUUAUUCCGUAUGUUAUACUGAAUAAAACAGUAUAUUCUGUUUUAUUCAGAAUAUACUGAAUUCUGAUUCCAGCUGUAUUUACAUAUCUCAAUCAGUCUGCUGAGAGCCGGCCAUGAGAAUGCCCAGUAAUCUUCACACAUGUAAUAUAAACUGUGUAAACUGUAAAUUAUUAUAUCGGACAAAGUGGUUUAUUUGAAUGCCUGUGAUGAAUAUUCUGUUAUAAUAUCUUGAUGUGUUACUCUAGCAUGUACCAAGUUUGCAUGUGUUGGAUUUUAUUUAUUUAUUUAUUUUGCAGACGGGAUGCAUCGGUAGGUCGAAGCAAUGAUUAAUUGUACUUUGUGUUAUUUCAAGGACUUGUUUGCCUUAAGUAGCUCACUGAUCGAUCUGGGAAUCAUGCAAUGCCUUCAGAUGUUCUAUUUAAAUAAUGAAUAUUCUCUUUUUCUUUCUUUCUUUUUUUAACUCCACUGACACAUGGCAAGAGUUAGAAGUGAUGUGAGAAAGAAAAAAUGAAAGAUCUGAUUUAAUUUGCCCUUCAUUUAGUUGGCAAAAAUAAGGCACUCAAACGUUUUGUUUAAAGUUAUUUUUGUAGUAGAUGCUAAAUUUGAACAAUUUACAAUUGCUGUUUUUUUUUUUCAAAACUCAUCUUCCAAAAAGUAUGUUUUUUGUGUUUGUUUUUUUGUUUGGUUUGGUUUUGCAUGAUGUUACCACUCAAGAAAAAAAAAAAGAUUAUUCCUAUAAACUCCUUAAAAUGAGGAGUGAAGAGAUUACAAGACAGCACAGGUUUCAGAGGAACAACAAAAGCCACAAGCAACUGAUUAUUUUAAAAGACCGUAUCUGUAAGAAUUACAAUAUUUGAAUAAAUAUUCAUAUAAUAUG